AUGGCUCAUGGUAGUAGUGCAGAAAUCGAGCUCAAGGAGCGUCUCGUAGCCGCUGUUAAAAAGGAGGUCAAACAGCUGAUGGAAGAGGCUGUCACCAAGAAAUACAUACACGAAGAAAGCAGUUCGGUAACACAGCUAUGCGCCGCUGUUGAAGCUUGUUUGAGUCAGGGUUUGCGUCGACGUGCUUUGGGUCUAUUUAAGACCUCCUCCACAACAGCUUUGCUACAUAAAAUCGCCAAAACCUGCGAAGAUGCCGAAUGUAUUAGCAAGAAAGUGUUGGAAAUCGAAACAGCCGAUCCAAGUAAACGUUCAUCAUCUAGUAGUGAUAGUGUAAAUCGUCCGCCUAUGUUGAAAAAGGGUAGCAGCACCUCGGUCACGACGAUGAGUUUAAGUGGUUCCAAUAUCACGAUGGCGUCAAUGAAAUACUUAUGGAUUCGCUUGGCUUUGUUCGAAAAGAAGUUGGCUAAAAUAAUUGAAUACUUAGUGGCAAAUGCUAGUACUUAUUACGAUCGCGACUCACUCGUAGCCGACUCAGACUAUGGCUCCAUAUUGAGUUCGCUUUUGGUUGGGCCAUGUGCUUUGGAGUUCACACGAGUCAAAACUGCCGAUCAUUACUGGACUGAUCCGCAUGCUGACGAACUGGUCAAACGCCACCGUAUCAGUUCGGGACGCCGUUCAUCCUCAACUUGCUCAAGAGCGCCAAUAUUAAAUUUCAAACGUAGUCUAAAUACCAGCACAGACGAUUGCACCACCGCCGCCGGCUUCAAAUCCAUAGCUUCUACUACAGUGGCCAAAGAUUAUGUUGAGUCGUUGCAUCAAAACUCCAGAGCCACACUGUUAUAUGGAAAGAAUAAUGUCUAUGUGGUGCCGAAAGACGUAAAUGAGAAAAUGCCCGGUUACUUGAGUCUACAUCAACAUGUGCAGACGCUCAUCAUUAAGUGGACGCCAAAUCAACUCAUGAACGGUUACAAUGAGGAGGAGGAGGAGGAUAAUGAGGAGCAGGAUAAGGAGUCAUACUGGGCCUAUGCGCUCAAUAUCAAUGUCGAUGAGAUUGUGUACGUGCAUUGCCAUCAGAAUCGUGGUGAAGAUAGUGGCGGUAUUAUAGUGUUGGUUGGGCAGGAUGGUGUGCAACGUCCGCCGAUACAUUUUCCAGAAGGUGGACACAUGCAACAGUUCCUAAGUUGCUUGGAGACAGGCUUACUGCCGCAUGGUCAGCUGGAUCCACCGCUUUGGUCACAACGUGGCAUCGGCAAAAUAUUUCCAUGGCCGAAGAGUGUACGCAGGCGUAUUUUACCCUCAGUCAUGGAAUCGUUUGAUGAGACCCCAAUUGAUUACGUCUUUCGCAUUGUGAGCAAAAGCAAACAUGAAGAGUUUGCUGCUACGCAUUCCAUACUGGAUUUUGUGCGCAGCACUCCACGUCGUGCGCAAUUAAGCAGCUGUUCGACAACUGGGUCGAGCGAUUGCUCGAGCAAGAGUCUCUCUAUAGAUCAGCAUCCUCUGGAAUCUCCAUUGGUCCAGACAAAACAAAAUACGAGUAUUGAGAUGGUUUGCUCAACAAUGAGAAGACAAAUAAUAUCGAGAGCAUUUUAUGGUUGGCUAGCCUACUGCAGACACUUGUCAACAGUACGCACUCAUCUCUCAGGGUUGGUAAAUGGACGCAUAACACCGGAAUUAAAAGCCGAUGAGGAUGGGCUAACAAAAGAGCGCUGGGAAGCUUUAAAUGUCAAUGGUGUUGUUGAAAACGAAGUGGACGUCUAUCGGCUUGUGUAUUUUGGUGGGGUGUGCCCAGAACUGCGGAAGGAAAUAUGGCCAUAUCUGCUUGGACAUUACAGUUUUGGUUCGACAUCAGAGGAGCGACAGAAACAAGAUGAGACCUGCAAACACUAUUACGAGACGACAAUGAGCGAAUGGUUGGCAGUGGAUGCAAUUGUACAGCAACGGGAAAAGGAGAAGACAGCACGUGCUGUGGCCAAACUCAGUUCGGGCAGCAAUAGUGGCAAUGAUAAGACUGUGCGUGCCGCCUAUAUAGACGAGGGUGAAUUAGAGAAUGAAGUUUUUGAAGAUAUAUCUGAUAUUUCGGAUCCUGGUGAGUUAGAGUACGACGAAGAGCAACAACGGCAAGCACAAGUCGAGGCAGCAACAGGAAAUGGACAAAAUUACCUAACCGUCAAACCCAUACCACGCGCUAUGAAGACAAGCACUGACUCGGGAAAUGUAGACGAAACAAUGGAGGAAGAAGAUGAGGACGAAGAAGACAUGAAUAAAGAUAUCUACAGACCACAAGAAGAAGUUACGUUGCCAAAAGAGCAGGUCACUGAUGCAGGCAUCAAUGAACCAAUUUCGAAUAAAAGCAACAAAAACGAGCAAAUGCCGGUUGAAGCAGCUGACGAGUGCUCACAACCCGCUCAGAGCGAAAAGACCUCACCAUCUUCGUCUUCAUAUGAAACGGUUGGCGCUGGUUUUGGCUACACUGAAUUGAAUCUGCAUACAUCAAUAUCGGCGAAUUUGAAUUCCACAGAAGAGCGAGAUAAGAGCGUGCUGAGUCCGGAAUUUUUGAGCGCCGAUGACUUGCCGGCACAACUUGACGUUGCCGACGAAGUUGAGCGUGAUCUGACAGCAGUAGAGACGAAUGUUGCUGGUCGACCUUCGGCUGUUAUUGUAACGAAUGCUUCCAUUGAUGUGGCUAAUUGGCUGCCGGACGUAAAAUCGGAAUGUGAACAAAUGCCAACUUUAUUGGAACAAGGAUCCAUAGAGGCGCAUGCCGAAGUUGCUGUUGUGAGUAGUCGCUCUAUUAUGGAUGCAUUACAGGAACCGAAAUCGGCUUGUGUUUCACCGGCAAGCUCGAAUGGUGGUGUUUAUAGUAGCGAAUUGCUGGAACAAUUCGGCUUGAACCUACAUCGCAUCGAAAAAGAUGUGCAACGCUGCGAUCGAAAUUACUGGUAUUUUGCCAAUGAGAAUUUGGACAAACUCAGGAAUGUUAUAUCGACUUAUGUGUGGGAACAUUUGGAGGUCGGCUAUAUGCAAGGCAUGUGUGACUUGGUCGCACCAUUGCUCGUAAUAUUUGACGACGAGUCACUGUGUUACAGUUGUUUCUGCAAGCUUAUGGAGCGCAUGAUCGAGAACUUUCCGAAUGGCGGGGCCAUGGACAUGCACUUUGCGAAUAUGCGUUCACUCAUACAAAUUUUGGAUUCGGAGAUGUAUGACCUAAUGGAUUCGAACGGCGACUACACACAUUUCUAUUUUUGUUAUCGCUGGUUCUUGCUGGAUUUCAAGCGUGAGUUUGUUUAUGAUGAUGUGUUCGCGACCUGGGAAGUUAUUUGGGCGGCCAAACAUGUCGCCUCCAGUCAUUUCGUGCUCUUUCUCGCUCUAGCGCUACUGGAGACUUAUCGUGACAUAAUAUUGUCGAACAGCAUGGACUUUACGGAUGUCAUCAAGUUCUUUAAUGAAAUGGCCGAGCGACAUAAUGCCCAAGCGGUGCUGCAACUGGCACGGAGUUUUGUCUUGCAGUUGCAAAUGAUAAUCGAAAAUAAAUAA